AUGGCAAGCAUCUUUGAUGUACUCAAAACACAGGCCGUCCUAGAGAAGACACUUGACGAGCGCCUCAACAGUUUCGAAGCACAGUUAAAGCACACGUGCCGGCAGAGUGUACCGGCGCAUUACACGGACUUAUUAGACACGUUUUCUGAGCCUAACCUGCACGCCUUGCUCAUUUCAGAAACAUGGUUAAAACCUGCUUUACCCUCUACUACUUACCCUCUACCGGGUUAUGUUUUAAUCAGGAAUGAUCGCACGGGUAAGGGUGGUGGAGGCGUCGCGAUUUACUUCCGUAGUAAUAUUAAAUACAAAGUAAUAUUGUCUUCACCUUCUGAAUACAGGGGCACAGCUGAAAUGUUAAUAGUAGAAGUUGACUUCAAUGAGACGAAAGUUGCAGUCGGAGUUGUGUACUGUCCGCCCUCAACAGAUUAUUUCGUCGACCUUGAUGAUGCAAUUGAUUUUUUAAACGCGUCUUAUAAUCAUAUUAUCGUCAUGGGAGACUUUAACACUAACCUGUUGAGGGAUACAACACAAUCACGCAAACUCAGGUCAAUCCUCGACACAGCGGAUCUCUUUAUCUUACCAUUACGACCGACUCAUCAGAACCCUGACACAGACGAUUCCUGGCUGGAUAUUAUUUGCACAUCCUCCAAAGAUUAUGUCAUUGACUAUAAUCAAUACUCGGCACCGGCCUUUUCACGUCAUGACCUUCUGCUUCUUUCUUAUAGGAUCAAACCUCUUAAACUUAAGCCGAUCAUUGCUAACGUACGUAAUUUUAAUAAAAUUGAUACCACCUUAUUGAACCGCGAUGCUACAUUAAUCGACUGGAAGCCACUGUUGAGUUCUACCGAUAUUAAUGACAAAAUUUCACUGUUUAAUACACACAUUUUACAGUUAUUUGACAAACACGCUCCCGUCCGUGCUGUAAAAUUGCGUCGCCCACCUGCACCGUGGAUUACAGAAGAUGUUCGUAAGGCAAUGGCGAGAAGGGAUAAGGCCUUUCGAUCCUAUAAGAAAGAAAGAAGUCCUGUCAGCUUUCAACUUUUUAAACGAGCUAGGAAUCGCUGCAAUCAGAUGGUAAGAGUAGCAAAACGCCGACAUAUCCACAAUAAUAUUUUAAAUACUCCUUCAGCAGAUGUAUGGAAAUUUUUGAACUCUCUUGGUUUUGGGAAAGCUCCAGCCGUCUCCAAUUCAAAUGUUCCACCAAAUAUUCUCAAUAAACACUUCUCGUCUGUGACACCUCUCAAUAGUACCACGAAAGAAUCAACUUUACAGGAAAUCAAAUCCAUGCCUGCACUUACUUCUACCUCAUUCACAUUUUCUCCAGUUACUGACGAUGAUAUACGCAAAGCUAUUUCUUCUAUUAAAUCUAAUGCUAAAGGUCGAGACAAUGUUAAGAAUCUCGGCUUGAUCAUUGAUCCAACACUUAGGUGGCAUACGCAGGUGACCGAGGUGUGUCGUAGGGUUACAGUUACUGCGAUUAGCCUUUGGAACCAAUUACCUGUAGACCUACGUAAAACACGAUCUAAACCACUUUAUAAAAAUAAAUUAUUUAAAUACUUACUGAGUACUGAGAAUCAGCAGAAUUAG